AUGGCAGGCCCUUUAGAGAGACUCGAAUCGACUUUCGGCGAGCUGGAUAUCUGGGAUGGGGGUUCAGUGAUGGCUCAGACCGAGACCAAUAACCCUCGCUCUACCUCCAACAGCAUUUCUAUGGGCCAAAUCCAGCCUGCUGGCAGUAGCUCCGUUGUGCGCCCGGUCAACAUCACUGACGGUCACGGCCGUCUGAUGCGCAGAGUCAGAAACCCGCUGGCUGUCGUCGAGCCUGAUUUUAAUGAUCCUGAACACGACCAGUAUGUCUAUUACGACGAGGAGGCAUGUUCGAUGGGAGGUGACGAGGAUGGAAAUGAAGUACGAUUCUGUCCCUGGACGUUGCUCUUGAACUACUCCCUCCUCUUCAUCGGCAAGGAAAAACAGAAGGCAGUCCGUCACUUCUUCACUGCUGAAGUGAUCCUUGAGUCUCGUCCGUGGGACUUCUACUACCUUUAUCACCCCCGACGGCCUCGUCAUUCUGCCGUCUUGUUUGUGCCGACAAGACAAUUUGCGAGCUACAUCCGCUUGAUCAAUAGCAAACUCGACAGUGCGUUGGACCUGCCGCAGGCAAAGAAAGCAGACUACAUCUGCUUUACUUUCGGAGGAGUGCUGAAUACCCCAACGCCACGAUACUUAGGGAGAUCUACGUCUUUCUCUGAGGGCAGCAUCCUGCUGAAUGGCAUCCCGGAAUUUUCCUCUCGAGACACUCUGGGAGAAUUCUCAGAAAUGGCCCAGGAUGAUUUUGUUAAGAACCUAGAGAUGAUCGAACGCAUCUCAGUCGGCGCAGACGCUGAUGAGCAGAGGGCAAAGAAGAAGGCCAAGGCACGGGAGAAACGUGUCAAAGCCCGGGUCAAGACUGGCCAUGCCAUCAAGAGGGUUCAGCGUUACCUCGGUCUCCGAAGGAAAGCUAGUGGUGUCCCAGGUUCUGGCACUCAAGCAUCUCCAGGAGGAGCUCUGGAGAUCAACUUUGCCAUGCCCAACCAGCCAGAUAGCUGUGUCAUCUUCAUUUCUGUCGAUGUCGAGCUGUUCGAAUUCAAUCACUCCCAUAUCACGGAGGUUGGUAUAUCAAUCCUUGACACGCUUCAGACCAUCGGUGUUCCUCCUGGCCAGGAUUACGAGAAUUGGUUUGAUCUCAUCGAGGCACACCACUUUCGAAUCAAGGAAUACCGCCACGAGGUCAACCGGAAGCAUGUUCGCGGGUCUGACACUACUGACGAUGAUGCUGAAACCUCUACUAUCUUUAGAAAAAGCGAGACGAUCAAGCUGAACGAUAUCCGUGCGAAGCUCAAGGAGAUCUUUGCGAUCAAUCGUUCCUCCCAACCGAUGGGUUCUGCGUCUUCUUCGCUCGAAGAUCGCCCCAUCGUCAUUGUCGGGCACGACAUUGAGAUGGACAUCAGCUAUCUGAAGACUUUGGGUGUAUUUAUCGACACAGACAAGUACGAUAUUGCCGAUACGCAAACAAUGCAUCAGAACUAUCGGCGCAGGUUCCAAGGCGCCAAGCUCCAGGAUGUUCUAGGAGACCUACAGCUGACCAGUCGGUACUUGCACAACGCUGGCAAUGACGCAGUUUACACACUGCGUGCUAUGAUUGCGCUCGCUUUCAGGACUCGCGAACAUAGCCUGGAGAAGCUAGCCACGGACUAUGUCGACGAGUCUGAAGACGAGAUGGAGGGGGGUUGGACAACUGGCGGGGAGGACAGCGACGGUGGCUCAACGCCUUGGGAACGAGCGGCAGAACAGUCCAAGAGACCGGCGGCACGACCCCGUGGCGGAGGUGCUCGAGGGCAGCGUGGUGGACGAGGAGCGCCUGGACCUGAGAGGUGGGGUGCUUGGUGA